AUUAUUAUUGUUAUCUUACUUUAAUUUCCACUCUGCUCUCUUUCUUCUCCAUCAGCCCCGUCGCUGCCGUCACCGGUAAGUACACUGUGCGUAAGUCCUUUCUUUCUCUUUUCCCCACCCAUCUUCUCUCGCAUCACAACCGUCGGAAUCUCUUCACAUCAGCGUCACCGUCGCCCUGACGCAACUGCGUGGCCGCCUGCCGGAAUCCCUAUAUGGAAUUCGUAAAUUUCGACCAUAGUAUCUCUAUAGAUAAGUUGUAGUGUAAUUUCGGAAUUCUUAUGGCCUUGAUCCUAGCAAGAGAAAGACUAUUGCAUUCCAGAUUAUCCACGAUUUUUCCUUUGAAAUCUAGACUAGUUUCAGCUUUGCAGAGUUUUGCUUUGAUAUCAGCUUGUAGGGAAAAGCUGAUCUUCCUAAAAUUUUUUGGGAACUCUAGAGUUACAGAGCUAUGGUAUACGAAGUCUCAAGUUCCAUUUUUUCGUUGUGUUUCUACUUAUGUACACCCAACAAAAUUAUGUUGGGGAGGUUCAUCUUAUGAUGUGCUAUUGGGAAAGCUCGAAAUUGCUUUGAAAGAUCAUCAAAUUGAUGAAGCUUGGGAGUUGUUUAGUGAUUUCAGAAAGCUAUAUGGUUUCCCAAACGACAAUUUUUUGCUUAUGUUGGUUUCUCAAUUGUCCUAUACUUCUGAUUGCAAGAGACUACACAAGGCAUAUAACUUGGUUCUUCAAAACUGGAAAGAGAAGCCAGUUGUAUUGCAACUUGAUACCUUAACUAAACUUGUUCUUGGGUUGGCAAGAUCCCAAAUGCCGAUUCCUGCUUCGGAGAUUCUUAGAUUGAUGCUGCAGACGAGGAGACUACCGCGAAUGGAACUCUUGCAGUUGGUUAUUCUGCACAUGGUGAAGUCGGAGGUCGGAACAUAUCUUGCUUCUAAUAUUUUGGUCCAGAUUUGUGAUUGUUUCUUACAACAGGCUACAAGUAGAAAUGACCAAGCGAAGUCGAUGAAACCGGAUACUAUGCUAUUUAACCUAGUGCUUCAUGCCUGUGUUAGGUUUAAAUUAUCUUUCAAGGGGCAGCAACUAGUGGAAUUGAUGUCUCAAACUGAGGUUGUUGCCGAUGCACAUACAAUUGUCCUUAUUGCACGGAUUUAUGAAAUGAAUGAUCAGAGAGAUGAGCUAAAGAAUUUGAAAACCCACAUUGAUCAAGUUUCACCUUCAUUGGUUUGUCAUUAUUGUCAGUUCUAUGAUGCCUUGUUGAGCUUGCACUUUAAGUAUGAUGAUUUUGAUUCUGCUGCUAAUCUCAUGCUGGAAAUAUGUAGAUUUGGUGAAUCUAAUAGCAUUCAAAAGCAUUGGAGGGAGUUGCAAAAAUCUAGCUUUCUUCCAAUUGGAUCACGUCAUCUAAAGGAUGGAUUGAAGAUAAAGAUUAUGCCAGAACUACUGCAGAGAGAUUCUGUUCUCAAUGUGGAAGUCAAACCAGAGUUCAUAAAUUAUAAGAAUGGGAAGCUUGUUGCGAGUAAUAAGACCGUAGCUAAAUUCAUUGUUGAACUCAGGAGGGUUGGAGAAACAUCUGAGCUCUCAAAACUUUUGCUUCAGGUUCAAAAAGGGCUGGCAUCAGUUGAAGGUUCUAAUUUGUGUUCUGAUGUAGUUAAAGCUUGCAUUUGUUUAGGUUGGCUCGAAACUGCUCAUGACAUUUUGGACGAUGUUGAAGCAGUUGGCUCUCCAUUGGACUCCACAGUAUAUUUCUUGCUCUUGAAAGCAUAUUACAAACAGGAUAUGCUCAGGGAAGCAGAUGUGCUUCAAAAACAAAUGACAAAGGUUGGUCUGUCCAUCAGUACCACCGAAGACAUGGCUAGCUCUACGUGUUCUUCCAGUCGAAUUUUGUUGCCAAACAUCGAAGUAGCCACCCACACAUCUCUGGUUGAAUCUCUAAUUCAAGAAAUGAAAGAGACUAGUUCGAUGUCUAGAGUUCUCAAGUUCAAUUCAUCCAUUUACUUUUUCUGCAAGGCCAAAAUGAUUGAGGAUGCCUUACAGGCAUACAAAAGAAUGCAACAAUUGGGCAUCCAACCUACCGCUCAAACUUUCGCCAAUCUUGUUUUUGGAUUUUCAUAUUUGCAAAUGUAUCGCAACAUAACGAUUCUAUGGGGAGACAUAAAAAGGAGAAUGCAGAGUACGCAUUUGGUUUUGAGCAGAGAUCUGUAUGAGUGCUUGUUGUUGUGCUUUAUUCGAGGUGGUUACUUUGAGAGAGUGAUGGAAAUUGUAGGACGCAUGGAGGAGCAGAAUAUGUACACUGACAAGAGGAUGUACAAAAGGGAGUUUCUAAUGCUUCAUAAGAAUCUCUAUAGGAGCUUAAAGCCAUCAGAAGCCAAAACUGAGGCGCAAAAGAAAAGAUUGGAGGAUGUUAGAGCAUUCAAAAAAUGGGUCGGUAUAUACUAAAAUUGUAACAGAAUCAUAUUUUGUUUAGAUUUUGGUAGCUCUUAGUUGAAGGCCGUUGAAAAAAAGAAACGGUCAAAAGAACCAGAGUUCAAACCAAAGAUCUUCUGUUUACUAAAUUAGGAAAAUAGUGAGAGGUCUUCAUUGUUUAGAUAGGAUCAAUUUAUGAACAAUGAAGGCCACCCGUUCAAAAUUGAACUCCUUUCUGCUUACAAAUUGAUCAAAGUCGUCACAGUUCGCAUAAACAAUGAGGCAAUUAUAUACGUUGGAAAUGGGAAGACAUCGCAGUUCGAAAACAUCAAUAUCAAAGGUGGAGAUAAUUUUUAGAUUCUUGUGUUCUUAUGGAUUGCUACCAAAGUUAUUUAGCAGCAACUAAGCAGGAUGAGGUGUACUUGAAGGGAAGCUCUCAAGAUAUCACCAGCAACAAGUCUCCUGAUUAUACUAUUGAAUCGCAGGUUCAGUACUAAACUAUCUUGAUUAGUUAUUGCAAAUUCUUCAUUCUUGGGCCUCCUUUGGUGGUGAUAGUCUCAAAUGGACACCUAGCACUAAUGGCAGCUUUACUACGAAGUAUACUUUUCUCAAUUUAACCAAGAGAUCCCCUUCCCCUCUGUUGUCGUUCCUUUGAUUCGUCACAUAUGGAAGAUUAAAAUUGAAAAAUGUGAAAUUAUUCUUAUGGUCGCUUGCCUACAAAAGUCUUAACACUACGAGAAACACCAAAAAAAUCCCAAAACACAAUGCUCAACCCCUUGAUGUGUUGCCACCAAAAAAAUCCCAAAACACAAUGCUCAACCCCUUGAUGUGUUGCCUUUGUUUCAAAGAAGAAAAGAUCCUGGACCACUUAUUUUUGCACCGUCUCUUGGGAGAGUUUGGAACACUUUCUUUAGAAUUUUUUAUUUGAAACUUUGUCUUCCUAGUAAGGUUGAUAGUUGGUUGAUUGAAUGGCUCAACAUUAGAAGUUAUAGCCCAAAAGGAAACAUUUUAAGGAAAUAUGCUACCCGGCUCCUUUUGUGUGCAUUUGGAAGGAAAGGAAUAGUUGAUUUUUUUAAGAUAGCUAUAAUUCUUUUGAUUCUUUUUUGACUAUGUUGCAACAAGUUUUGUGGAGUAGUUACACCAAACAAUUUUGUAAUUAUAAUCUUUUUAUGAUAUUCAACAAUCGGAAGGCCAUCAUUUUUUAGUUUC